UAAAGACUUAAAAGCAAACAACAUAAAGAAAUGGGAAAUUUAUGCUCUGGACAUGAAAAGAGAGAGAAGAACUUUCGACAUGAAAAGAGAAAAAAACCGAGAGGUGAGGGUGGGGGAGGUGUUGGUGGAGGAGAUGAUGGAGGAGGUGAUGGUGGAGGAGAUAACGGAGGAGAUGGAACUGAUGGUGGUCAUAUAGGAGGACAUGGAACUGGUGGUAGUCACCAUCACCACGGAGGGCAUGGAACUGAUGGUGGUCACCAUGGAGGACAUGGAACAGGGGGUGGUCACCAUCACCACGGAGGGCAUGGAACGGAUGGUGGUCACCAUGGAGGACAUGCCGGCGGACAUGUUGAACAUGGAGGGGGACAUGUUGGACAUGGUGGUGAUCAUGGUGGAGGCGGUGGUGGUGGUGGGGGUGGCUUCUGAGAUUAUGGUUGUCAAUAAUUUGGAGUAUUUGAGCAUGUAUGGAGCAUUGAGUAAUAAAAGCUUCAAAGAUGCAUUUUGGAUCAAUAAAGAAAUAAGGCAAAGAAAGAAAGUAAAUAGAGUCAAGAAAAUGAUAAGUUUGAGACUGGUGUCGUUUGCCGAGCGAAGCUUCUUUCGUCGGGCAAGCUGCUGCUUCUGGUGUGGGUCGUCGAGCGAACGUGAAGAUGAAAAUUUUCCUUUGGCUACUGAGUGGGUUCGCCUCUUAGUCUCCGGGCGAGUUGUUGGUGUAAGCUCUAGAGGCCAAUACUUUUGGUACUUGUAUCGAAUUAUUUAUUAAUAAUAAAAGAUAUUUCUUUAUUAUGUUUGUUUUUUUAAAAUAAUAAAGUCCCUAGAAUAAUUAGUCUGUUUAAUGAAAUGUUAAGUGCGACUUAAUCUUGAGAUCUCAUUAAACAUAAGGACAUUAUUCUUAAAGUAUCCAUAGUCAAGCUUUAUUAUGAAGUGGGAUAACAUUAAAG